GGAUAGAGCCGUUUUGGGCAGGGAUAGAGCCGUGCUGGGCAGGGAUAGAGCCGUGCCGGGUAAGGACAGAGCCGUGCCGGCGCUGCCGCACUCGGUGGUGGUUGUGUGCGGGAUCCUGGCAGUGUGGCAGUACCAGCCCUGAGCAGGUGUCUCCUCUACGGGCUUCCUUUCAUCAAGCCCUGGUACCUCUCCUCCUCCUCCUCCUCCUUGUGCACCGAGCGAGAUAGAUGAUGUGAAUGAGCUGUAAGAACCAGAUCAGAUGGAUGAAGAGCUACCCUGUGCUGAGGUGGAUGGAGAAGCGUACUUUGCCAUGGAGGAUCUGGGAGGAGAAAAGCCCUGUGAAGAGAGCGAUGAUGAAGACAUGUCCUGUACGGAGAGUGAUGCAGCAGGAGACAUGCCUUGUACCGAGAGCAAUGCACCAGGAGACAUGCCUUGUACCGAGAGCAAUGCACCAGGAGACAUGCCUUGUACUGAGAGUGAUGCAGCAGGAGACAUGCCCUGUGAUGAGACCAACCUCAAAGAAGAGGCACCUCAUGCUGAGAGCAGUGUGGAAGGAGAGAUGCCCAACACUGAUGGCAACAGGGAAGGGGAAAUGCCCUGUGCCGAGAGUGAUGCCAAAGGAGAGGGAUCUUGCUAUGAGACUGAUGAGGAAGAAGAACCAGCUACUGAGAUCCCUGCUGCUUCCAAAAGAAUGUAUUCCAUUUCUUCUCCCUUGCGGGCAAUCAUCCGCCUGCGCCGGCGGUUCCGUGGGCAAAAGAAAAGCCGGCUGCAUUUAGAGCUGCCCCGAGAGAAGCCUUCUGAGCUCGUCCAUACGAGGCUGCUUCAGAGGCAGCUUUCCCUGAGCAGAACUGGCCUGUACGGCCCCUCCAUGUCCCUCUUUAACCAGAGCAGCUUUGAAAGCUCCCAGUACUUCACCUUUGACACGUCUGUGGAGCAGCACGCUAUGAAAAAAUGCAGGCGGAAAAAGAGCCGGAGGAAAUCCAGGAUGGUGCUGUACCCAGAUAAAACAAAGAGAUACCUGCCAGCGGAGGAGAAGAGCAAGGCAAAACGCUGCCUCCUCUUGCUCAUUGUCAUUGUCUUCUUCCAGAUUCUCAAUGCAAUAGAGAACCUGGAUGAUAACCUCCAAAAAUAUGACCUAGAUGGUUUGGAGAAAACCAUGCACCGGGAAGUGUUUGGGCAGAAGGUCGCUGUGGAAAGCAUUAUGGAAUUACUGAAAGACUACCUGGCUACCCACAUACACACCAAGCCUCUAGUCAUCUCUUUAAAUGGCCCAACAGGAGUUGGGAAGAGUCAUGUUGGCUGGCUGCUGGCCAAACAUUUUCGUUCCAUCAUGGACAAUGACUUUGUGCUUCAAUACUUUGUUAUGCAUCACUGUCCCAGCGGCAUGGCCCCGCUUACAUGUGAAAUAGAUUUGUCUAAGAAGAUCUCAGACAUGGUCACAAGAGCUGAAAUAGAGGAGAAGAUCCCAUUGUUUAUUCUGGAUGAGGUUGAACUCAUGUCUCCAGUCCUGCUGGAUACUCUCAGCCGAUUCUUUGAGCCCAAUCAAACCAAUGAGUUCCUCAAUGCCAUCUACAUUUUAAUAAGCAGCAUAGGAGGUGGUGAAAUAACCAAGUUUGUUAUCCAGAAUUCAUCUGCUGAGAUCCUGCGUCAGCGAAGGGGAGUUGAAGAACUGCUGAACAUCGUCCAGCCUGUACUGAUCGAUGCCCACCCUCUCUGGAAGUCUGCAGAUAUCAUCCCAUUUGUCCUCCUGGAGAAGACUCAUGUCAUAAACUGCUUCCUAGAGGAGAUGAGGAGGGAAGGGCUGUAUCCCGACCAGAAACACGUUGAAAACUUAGCUAGUCAGCUCAGUUACUACACUACUGAGGACAAGCAGUAUUCCAGGAUGGGCUGCAAGCAGGUUGUGGCCAAAGUCAACCUGCUGUAGUGCUUUACUGCAGGGACCAAGUCCUGCUCUUGGGAUUUGCAGAGUUCUGGCCCUCUGGAGGAGUGCAUUGCAGCAGGCUGUGGUCAAGGUGUCCUCCUCAGCCCUGCACUGACCUUGUCCUGGUCCAGGUAGAGGGAUGGCAGCCCUGUGGUCUCUGUUCUCCUCCAGAUGCUUCACUUGUUCCUAAUGUUCUGUGAAUAAGGCCUGGGCUACGAAGCCCAAGCAACCUCCCAUUAACUGCGAGAUGCUUUGUUCCUCACAUGCUCAUUUGGGAUACUUGUCAUUAAGGAGUUGUGAGAUGAGAAGAGACGCUGUGAGGAGGAGGAAAUAGUAACUAGGUUACUGUCCCUGCAGUACACAUAACCAUCUCUCACUCGUUCUCCAGGCUCACAGUCUUCACCACUUUGUUUUUCUUGGUCCUGGCUGGUGGUGUGCAGAGCAGAGACAGUGCUGGAUGCCUGUGGGAAUUAAGAGGAUCAUAGAACCAUAGAAUCCCAGCCUGGUUUGUGUUGGAAGGGACCUUAAAGCUCCUCCAGCUCCAACCCCUGCCACGGGCAGGGACCCCUUCCACUGGAGCAGCUGCUCCAAGCC